CAGCAGAAGCUCGCUCGAACACAUCUCCCACGGAGGCCAAAGGGUGCAUUCCUGUGGAAAGUUCCACUCGCUGUCCUGCCCAGCCUCGCCACGGCCCUCUGCCCCUGCAAGACCACUCUGAGCGCGGGGGUCCCGUAUCCGUAAACCGCGCUCCGCUCCGCACCUCCCCACCGGCGGCCCCAGCGCCUCCCCGGAGCAGCCCCGUCCUCCGCCACCGCCCCCGCACACAAGCGGCUUUCAGGAAGACACAGGCCUCCCCGGCCGCGACGGAGAACGGCUCGGCCCGUGGGUGCCGCGUCCUGCGGAGGGGACCGGGACGGAGCCGCGGUCGCCCCCCUUCUCGGGCCGGCCGGGCGGGGGCCAGCGCCGGCCUUUGUGUGCAGCAGGAGCCGUUGCAGGCGGCCCGGAGCUGGCGCGGGCAGCGCGCAGACCCGCGGGAGUUUGCAGCAGCCCGACAGUUAGGUGCUCAUGGAGAAGGAAACGGUGCGGAUAAACUACUGAAUUUUUGUUAGAAAUUCUGCAAGAGUGACACUAUUAGUAAAGAUGUCAUGCUUAAUGAAAGGAGUUAAAUGUUGCAGUCCUGUGAAUCAGAUGCACAAAGCAACAGGAACUCUGUUUAAAGCACCUAUAUUAAAGAACAUAUUGAGCAUCAAUGAACAACAAUACAAAAUUUCACGUACAUCAUCCCAACUUAGUUCUGAAAAGGCAAACUCUUAUAAUUAUGUCAUUGUUGGAGCUGGAUCAGCAGGGUGUGUAUUAGCGAACAGGCUGACUGAAGACCCUCUCAGUACUGCACUACUUUUGGAAGCAGGCCCUAAAGACACCUUUCUAGGUAGUAAAAGACUCAUGUGGAAGAUUCAUAUGCCUGCUGCAUUAAUUUACAACCUCUGUGAUGAGAAAUAUAACUGGUAUUACCACACAACAUCACAAAAACAUAUGGAUAACAGAAUUAUGUACUGGCCCCGAGGCAGAGUGUGGGGUGGCUCCUCUUCUCUCAAUGCUAUGGUAUACAUUCGUGGCCAUGCAGAAGAUUAUAAUCGAUGGAGCAGGGAAGGGGCUAUAGGAUGGGACUAUGAACAUUGCUUGCCCUAUUUUAAGAAGGCACAGACACAUGAACUGGGACCAGAUCAGUACAGAGGUGGAAAUGGACCCCUGUAUGUGUCAAGAGGGAAAACAAACCAUCCCCUUCAUCAUGCAUUCCUGGAGGCAGCCCAGCAAGCCGGGUAUCCCUUCACAGAUGAUAUGAAUGGCUAUCAGCAAGAAGGAUUUGGCUGGAUGGACAUGACUAUACACCAAGGUCAAAGAUGGAGCACAGCUAGUGCUUACCUUCGCCCAGCCAUAUCACGCCCAAAUUUGUCAGUUGCAGAGAAGACACUUGUAACAAAAAUCUUGUUUCAAGGAACAAAAUGCAUUGGUGUUGAGUACGUGAAAAAUGGGCAAAGGAAAAAGGCUUUUGCCAGCAAAGAAGUUAUUUUAAGUGGAGGUGCCAUAAAUUCUCCACAGCUGCUUAUGUUGUCUGGGAUUGGCAAUGCAGACGAUCUAAAAAAACUGGGGAUCCCUGUUGUUUGCCAUCUUCCUGGAGUAGGCCAGAACCUUCAAGAUCAUUUAGAAGUGUACGUCCAGCAAAAAUGCACCAAACCGAUUACUCUAUAUAAUGCACAAAAGCCAGUUAACAUGGUGAGGAUUGGUCUGGAAUGGCUUUGGAAGUUUACAGGUGAGGGAGUCACUUCCCACUUAGAAUCUGGUGGUUUUAUCCGAAGUGAACCAGGGGUUCCUCACCCCGACAUUCAGUUCCACUUUCUUCCUUCUCAGGUGAUUGAUCAUGGUCGGGUUCCUUCCACAACAGAAGCUUACCAGGUCCACGUGGGACCAAUGAGGAGCACGAGCGUGGGCUGGCUAAAGCUGAGGAGCACAGACCCAAAUGACCAUCCCAUCAUUGAGCCGAACUACUUGUCCACAGAAAGAGAUAUUUGGGAAUUUCGCCAAUGCAUCAAGUUGACCAGAGAGAUCUUUGCUCAGAAAGCUUUUGAAAAAUUUCGCGGGCCUGAAAUUCAACCGGGAAGCCACGUUCAGUCUGACAAAGAAAUAGAUGCUUUCAUAAGGCAGAAGGCUGAUAGUGCUUAUCAUCCUUCCUGCACCUGUAAAAUGGGGCAGCUUUCGGACAGCACUGCCGUAGUUGACCCCCAAACAAAAGUAAUUGGUGUUGAAAACCUGAGAGUAGUAGAUGCUUCAAUAAUGCCCAGUGUUGUCAGUGGGAAUCUGAAUGCCCCAACGAUUAUGAUAGCAGAGAAAGCUGCAGAUAUAAUCAAAGGCCUCCCAUCACUCCAGGAGAGAAACGUUCCUGUAUACAAGCCCAAGACCUUGGAAACACAGAGAUAACCUAUUGUUCUCAUCCUUUGGCAUCUUUUGCUACUUAGAUUUUCAUCAUUAUGUUGGUAUCUUAUACUGAAUGUACCAAAUAAAUUUCAUGUAAAACAUAUCCCAUUAAAAAAACUAUUAAUUUGAGCCAUUCUCUUAGACUACUGUUAGGAAGUUUGAACUUCCCUAACACUACCUCUUCAUUUGUUUUUAAACAGUUGGCUUAAGCUGCUUAUUUUAGUUAAACAUGACCUUUAGUGGUACAAUUCACAUUUUUGUUGAAGAGAAGCAAUUUCUAAACGACAAGAUAGUUGUGCACGUAAGCCAGAAAUACUGUGCAAUUGCAUGAGGAAUGGAAGAGAUUAAUGUGUGCUAUUUUGAAUGCUGUUAUGGCAUGCCUUGUUACUUAAAGAAAGGAUUUUAACUUCUGUGAGAGUGUUACCCUGGAUAACAGCUAGUCAGUAAUUCCCACAUCCUGCAAAAAAUGGUUCAGUAAAUGGUAGCAUUUGUACAAUUUCAUAUUCACAAGCCAAAGUAGGUACAUACCAGAAUUCAUAGGAAAGACAGGAACCUACAUGAACCUACACGUGUUCAGAACUUGUCAAAUACAUGUUUUUUAUGAGGAAUACAGUUUACAAAUCCUCACUGAAAGUUACAUUUUACCAUACUUACCAGCCUUAACUGUAUAGUAUUCAGAAAGAUGACGUACAUUAUAUUUACCAGAAACUUAUUUUUUUUCUAAAAAAAUGCAGAACGUGAGCUGAUAUUUAUAAAAAUAUAAUGGAAAACUGGAAUUUCUUAGUGGAAUUCAGUUUACCAUUUAAGCUGAUUUAGUUGUACCACUUGAACAUUUAGCACAGUAAGGGGUCCGCACUUCCCAGAACAUCCUUAAAGUUCCUGGUCUUUGCAAAGAAUAUUUCUCCACAAAUAUUCUGAAUGGUACUUUCCUAUCACUCAAAUGUUAUUUUAGAAAACUCUAUAGCCAAGUUGGAUUUACAAUGAAAGAUUACUCAAAAUAGCUGCAUAAGAUCAGAUAUUGAUGAUAGAGGAAGAGAUCUUUUUAAAUUAGAAGGCAAGUAACUUAUUCAAUAACCAGUGUAAUAUUUUAGUUGCGGCUUAAAUCUUUGGUUUACUCUUUUCAGAUGUGUAAAGCAAGAUACAUGAUCUUUCAUCUCUGUUUGCUGUGUCAGUCACUUUCAGGUACUGAUUUUUUGGAAAAAAAAAACAACCAUGCCUAAAGAAACUGAACUCAUUGAAUGAAAUUGUGAAUUGUUUGGAUUUAUUAAGCAUUCCAAAACAACUUCUGACUAAGCAGCUGUCAAAUCAUAAAGUAAAAGCUUCUGUAGCCUCAGACUGCUCAGGACUUGUGGUAAACAAACUUUUUUUCAGAAAAAUGGAAUUUUACACCAUUUGAGCAGAUUGUAAAAAAACUUGCUGACUCAGAUGUUGGCUACAGAGACAACUGCAGCUGUUUAAGGCAGAUAUUUCUACCUGGUGCUGCUGGCUGCAAGGCAGUGGUAGCCCUGCUGCUACCAGAGAGAAAGGAUUAAUUCAGUAGAAUGCCUGCAUAAAGACAAACAAAAAUAAUGAAGAUGGAAUAUGACAGCAGUCAACUCUGCUCCAGAAGGAGACAGGUAAAUCCUUUCUAUGUAUGCAAUGCAUUCUUUUGGAAUGAGAGGAAUUGCAAGAGCAUUUUAAGUCACACGUGAUUGAUUAGUUGUGUUAAUAAGACAAUUCAUCUGAUGCAACUGUGCAUUUGGGGAAAGCAUGAACUGUGCACGGUGUACCUUUAAUGGCAAAUAGGUUUUUAGCACCUGUGCUUUUGGGAUUUUCAUUUAAAGGUAUUCAGCAGGUAUCUUAGUGUCACUGGAAUAUAAAAUAUUAGGAUACUCAGAGUAACAUAUACUCGUGAGACUUACCACAGUCCUGUGCAGUUGAGAGGGGAGCAAUUUGGAAAGACAAAAUACUGAAGUUCCUGCAUUUGCAGAUUUACAGCGUGGGUUUUCACUCCAGGCAUGCUAGGUGGGAAUUGUUAUUAUGCAUCUGCAGGGGGGUCACUGGCCGCUCUCUUAGGUAGCUCAUUGCUGGACACGCACAGAGCUGCCACUGCCAUGACGACAACUCUAAACGAUGAGGAAACAGCAAGGUUAGGAAAAACAUGCCAGACAGCACGUGUGUCAUGUUCAUGUACACAUCGCUGCAUUGUGCACUCAGAUAAUCACGCAUUUCGUCUCAAACAUCAUAAUAUUUUCUUGCAGUUCUAAACACAGACACCUUGCAAAUUCCUCCCCUUCUGAACAGUAUUUUCAUUGCUGUGAACUGCAGUUGCUUUAUUAAUUUAGGCCUCAUUGCUAUAGAAUAUUGAGUCUCCUUUAUGACAUUCCUUUGAUACAGUGCUAAAGAAAUGGCUCAGGUAUUUGAAAGUUUUGUUGCCCUGGGGAAAUCUUAAGGUAACAAGAAGCUACCAUUAUUUUCUCCUGCAUUGUAUCUGUUUUUGCUGAUACCAAAUUCCUGUUAAAAUUGUGCUGGCAGAGUAAAGUUUGCCAAGGGACCUUUAGAACAGGUACAAGAUAUUCUAAUGUGCUCUCUGGAGCACUGGCAGUCUGCUAGAUAAAAUGAACCAUCUUUUAUACCUUACUGGAUUGGAGAGCACAGGCUGAUAAUUCCAGAACUUUACUUAGCAAAAUAAUGCAGUGUCUGAUUGAAUAUUAUCCCCAGUUCUACACAGAUAGUAAUUUUUCUAUAAAUGCACAGAUGAUGCUACAUUACGUGUUCAAAACCAGUGAACUCUAAAAGCUAUUUAAGAAUUUGGAAGUUACUAGACCUGCCAGCAUGGCUUGAACCAGCAGUGCCACGGGAAUAGCUUAAAUGCAGAUGCUGCCGACACAACUGAAGGUCUCUGGCUGAGAACAAUGAGAUUAAGAAAGAAAAGUGACCAACAAUAUUUCUUUUGUACACAUAUUUCAGUUCAAGUUGCUUUAGCAUGAGAAGCGCUGUUAAACCAAGCAGAAAAUAGCAGUAUUUCCAGAACUACUUUAUGUUUCAUUUAUGUAAGGCCACUCAAGGUUUUGUGCACCAGAACUUUUUAUGUUUCUGCAGCUUAAAAUCCUUUCCAAGUGUCUGAUUUCAAAUAAGUCUGCAGUCAAAUGGGGUAGAUAAAUAAACACUGGAAAACUGGAACAUGGGCUUGGAGCAUGCAUUUUCUAUAAAAUAAACAUAGAAACUUAUUUUGGGGAAUAAUAAAAGCAUUCAUACAUUUUAAAAUUAUAGAUAAAAUGAAGAGUUACUGUAGAGAGAACACAAGCGUAUAUAUUACUAUAGUAUUAUGAUUUUUAGCCUCUGUUCUGCUGUCAUCCAAGCUCCAAAAAAGACAGUGUUCAAAUAUGAAUAUUUUUUAUAUAUUCACUUUGUCAGUGAAUUCACUGUAAAAGACUUUCUUUACUAAUGUUUUCUCUCAUUAUAUGCAUUUAUAUACAAAUCUGGAAACUCAUGAAAUAUGCCUUAAUUGUUGAGAUAACUUUUAGUUUUUCUGUGUUGAGUAAUUACUAUGAUUUGCAAUAUUUUAAGGGUGCCAAUUACCAUGUAAUUGUGCAUAUGUUGAUUACUUUUUUCCAUAUACUUCUGUAAUAAAAUUGAACAUGUACUCUA